UGCUGACCCAACAAAGACUCAGACAUAUGCCCCUGCAAGCAUCAUGCCGCACAUUCCAAAAUCAAUUUGACAGGUCUCUCUCUACUUCUACUUCUAUAUAUUGAGAUCCCUCAAAGCUACUCUCAAUUCAUUCUCCACCGGACCAUUUCAAGGAUAGCUUUGAAGAUGGAUGUUGUUGGGAGGUCCAAUGGUGCCAAAUACGAGUGCUUGCUUUUUGACAUGGAUGAUACCCUAUACCCCUUGAGCUUAGGACUCAACUUGGCAUGCCGAAAGAACAUCGAAGAGUUCAUGUUGCAAUACUUGCAUAUUGAAGAAACUAAAGUACCUACGAUGUGCCUUGAGUUAUACAGGGAGUGUGGGACAACCAUGGCCGGCCUCAAGGAGCUUGGUUAUGAGUUUGACAACGAUGAGUUUCAUGCUUAUGUCCAUGGAAGAUUACCCUAUGAUGCACUGAAGCCUGAUCCGGUGUUGAGAAACCUUCUACUGUCCAUGCCACAGCGGAAACUAAUCUUCACGAACGCUGACAAAGCCCAUGCAACACAAGUUCUGCACAGGUUGGGGUUGGAAGACUGUUUUGAAGGCAUCAUAUGCUUUGAAACUCUUAACCCUCCUCCUGAACCCCUUGACUCCAUAGCUGCUGCUUCACCAGAGGCCCAUUCCAACGGUUUAAUUGAGACUAGGAAGCAAACUUCCAACUCCAAAAUCCUAUGUAAACCCUCUCUUGAAGCAAUGAAAGCCGCUAUUCAGAUUGCAUGUGUGGAGCCCAAGAAAACACUUUUCUUUGAUGAUAGUGCUCGAAACAUUGCCAGUGGAAAGGCAGCCGGGCUUCAAACUGUUAUUGUUGGGAGCUCAGUACUGGUGCCUGGUGCAGAUCAUGCCUUGGGAAGCAUCCACAACAUCAAAGAAGCACUACCUGAAAUAUGGGACGAUGAAGUGGGGAAACAACUACAGCUGGAGUUACUGAUCCAGUCAUCUGCGGUGGAAACCGUAGUUGCAUGAGCAUUAAGCUACUCCUAAGUCUACUAAGUCCUAAGUCCUAUAGAUAGACUAUAUUCAAAAUCACGUUUAUGAUGGACAAAAUGUAUUGAAAAGUCAUAAGGGUGAUACAAAGUAUUGAAAAGUCAUAUGGGUGCCAGUAAUAAGUGAUUCCACAAUCCUACUGUACUGUUAAACUAUUGUUGAAGUGUAACGAAACAAUGACAAUAGAAAGAAGCUGCCUAUUGCUUUUGAUA